AUGCCUCUGUCCGCCCAGCUCAAGACGCCAGUCACUGGCCAGUAUGAGCAGCCCACUGGAUUGUUCAUCAACAACGAGUGGGUAGAGAGUGUCGACAAGAAGACCUUCGAGGUCAUCAACCCAUCCACCGAAGAGGUUCUCUGCAGUGUCUCGGAAGCUACUGAGAAGGAUGUCGACAUUGCUGUCUCUGCCGCCCGCAAGGCAUUCGAAGGUGCCUGGAGCAAGGUCACGCCGCAACAGCGCGGUAAGUACCUGUGGAAGUUGGCAGAUCUCGCCGAGGAGAAGCUGGAGCUUUUGGCUGCCGUCGAGUCUCUUGACAACGGAAAGUCAAUUACCAUGGCAAAGGGCGACGUCGGCGCCGUUGUCGGCUGCUUGAGGUUCUACGCCGGCUGGGCCGACAAGAUCACUGGCAAGACUAUCGACACCGACCCUGAUACCUUUGCCUACACACGCUCGGAGCCUCUCGGUGUGUGCGGACAGAUUAUCCCUUGGAACUUCCCGCUGCUCAUGUUCGCAUGGAAGAUUGGCCCGGCAUUGGCCACUGGCAACACCAUCGUCAUGAAGACCGCCGAGCAGACCCCUCUGUCUGCCCUGGUCUUCGCCACCCUUAUCAAGGAGGCUGGAUUCCCUCCCGGUGUCCUUAACGUCAUCUCUGGUUUCGGCCGCGUUGCCGGUGCUGCCCUGUCAUCACACAUGGACGUUGACAAGAUCGCUUUUACCGGCUCCACCCUGGUCGGCAGAACUAUCCUGAAGGCCGCUGCCUCGUCCAACCUCAAGAAGGUCACCCUCGAGUUGGGUGGCAAGUCUCCCAACAUUGUCUUUGACGAUGCCGAUAUUGAGCAGACCAUCUCCUGGGUUAACUUUGGUAUCUUCUUCAACCACGGCCAGUGCUGCUGUGCUGGAUCGCGUAUCUACGUCCAGGAGGGUAUCUACGACAAGUUCGUCGAGGCCUUCAAGAAGCGAGCUAUCGCCAACGAGGUUGGUGACCCAUUCAGCGAGAAGACCUUCCAGGGUCCCCAGGUCAGUCAGCUGCAGUACGACCGUAUUAUGGGUUACAUCGACGAGGGUAAGAAGGAAGGUGCCAAGGUCGAGGUCGGUGGCGAGCGUCACGGCGACAAGGGCUACUUCAUCAAGCCCACCAUCUUCAGCGGUGUCAGCCCCAACAUGAAGAUCAUGCAGGAGGAGAUCUUUGGCCCCGUGUGCACCAUUGCCAAGUUCUCCACCGAGGAGGAGGUUAUCAAGGAGGGGAACAACACCACCUACGGCCUGGCCGCUGCCGUCCACACCAAGAACCUGAACACCGCCAUCCGCGUCAGCAACGCACUGAAGGCCGGUACUGUAUGGGUCAACCAGUACAAUAUGAUCAUGCACGCUGUUCCGUUCGGAGGUUACAAGGAAUCUGGUAUCGGGCGUGAACUUGGUGAGGCAGCGUUGGCAAAUUACACUCAGACCAAAUCUGUAUCGAUCCGCCUUGGAGGUGCUAUCUUUUAA